AUGGAGCCUUAUAGUUUUGACGAAUUUGCAAUCUACUUUCAAGUUUCAGUUGAGAAUUAUGAUUACUUAUGCAUUAUUAGUGAGGCUUCUAACUAUCUUAUUAAUAAGCUAAAUUUAAACCGUAUUGAAUGCAAAGACUUUAUCGUUAUUGCCGCGAUUAUGGGGGUUGGUGUGUUAGGUUUACCAGUCACCUUAUCCCAUUCUGGCUUAGGCCCAUUGAUUUUUGAUGUUUCAUUAUCAUGUAUAUCACAGAUAAUUGCCAUGCAUGCCUUCCUGAAUUUAUUACAGAAGGCGCAAGUUAUUUGUAAAAGAAAAGAUUGGCAUCAGUUGCUAAAGCCGUUACAAGAGAUUGCCAGUGAUACUGACGAAGAAAAGACUACAGCUUUUGAUGAGAAAGAAGGCACACAAGGCGAUGAGAAUGAAAAGAAGGAAAAGUUGAUAAAUUCUGGCAGAAAGUUCAGUCAUGACAGUGAUCCUUCUCAGCCUGUGAACAUGGAGGAAAUCGAUUUAGAACAGCCUCUAACUGAUGAUGGGAAGAAUUUAGAAGAAAAUGAAGAUAGUUCCGAUGAAGAGGUUAACCUAUACAUGAUCUCGAAACUAUUUUUGCUGCCAGGUGUUAGAGAAAUCUUCGAUUUAACGACUAUUGCGGUGUUGACAUCGCUUCUGAUCAGCUACGUACUCGCUGGUAGCCAAGCUUAUGGCCAGCUAAUUCAAGCGAAUUAUGUCAAUAUUAUUCCAUUUUUUACUUGGUUUUGGGCCGCAUUUGUCCUCUUCCUUUGGUUUAUGGUCCAACCAUUUGUGACUGUCCUAACUUUCGUCAAGUGUAUCAUGUUACUCGUCACGCAUUACUUCAUCGUUUAUUUUGUUUACUCUAUAGGAGGAGUCAUUAAUGUUAUGCCAAUGAUGUAUAACAGGAUACAAGCCAAGCCUGUUCAAAUACAGCGUUUUAUUUUAGCUAUCGAUGCAGCGUUAAUAACUGUGGCUAUAGUCGAUAUUUUAUGGUCUGAUGCUGUUCUUGGAGUGGUACCACAAACUUGCCAUCCAAGUCCUGAGCAAGUAUCUGCUACUGUUUCUCCAUUUGCAACGAUCGAUGAAGUCCAGCAUUUUUGCAAUGUUUCUCUUGCAAGAGCAAGACGACACGGAAUAAUUUCCACUGUGGUCUUAACCAAGACUUUGCGGCAACAUUAUCCUCAGUAUGACUGGUUGGCUUGGUUAACAGAAUCAUUUAUUUCUAUCAGCAUUACGGUUUCAUAUUUAACUAUGGGGUCAGCUCUAAUUCAUCUUGUGAACGGAUUAUUUCAUCGAAUGUACGAAAAAGUUGACCAAUACUUCAUUAAUCGAGAAAAACAGCAACUUUUAGCUAAUCCUAGAUUUAGCUUCUUAACCCCUAGGAUAUUAAUUCAGAAGUUGGUAGAAGCAAUUGUAUUUACAAUCGUAUUUCUAGUUAGUCUAACAAAUCCAGAGGCGUUUAUAAAAAUUCUUAAUUUUUUCUCCUCCUUCUGUUUCAAUAUCCAAACUGGAUUUUUCUUACCUUUAAUGAUUUAUGCGGCUGAACAUCAUGAAAUUUUAAAGACCGUUCAUAUCCCCUAUCCGAUGAGUAGAAUGACCUAUUACCUAACUUAUGUCGCUGCAUCAUUCUACAUGUUUUCUUGCAUCUUUGAUCUAGCUGAAAUUCCUCUUGCCGGACUGAAAUAA